AAGGAGUCGCUUGCUGCUCCAGACUGUGAAAAGACCACGACAAGGUUUCACAUUUGUCCAGGCGGCUACCUGCUGAUCGGAGUCGGAGUGUCCCUGGUGCAAUUAAUAUCCCCGAGUUUGGCUGGAUUUGCUGUCACUGAAUGGUGAUUUUUUGCACUGUUGCAGGCGAAGUUUCCCACGUCUUCCUCACCUCGUCUUCCAAACGCUUGCCCUGUGUCUUCUCCUUAGAAGGCCAAGAUGUCGGCAGAAGAUGUCAACAAGAAGAAGAGGCAUGUGAUGUUGGUGUUCUACUGGGUUAAGAAGGGGGCCCUGGAAAUGAAGCCAAGCUCCCCUCGUCCGGAAACAAGCGAGCCUUCUCCACCGGACCAGCCCCCUUCCGUUUCACCCUAUUUCACGAGGAGUAAGGCCCAUCCCAGGAAUUGCCACCAGGCAACGAUGUUCUUGCCUCUGAAACCCGCUUUUUGGCCCAUGGCGGCACUAUCGCUACCAGCUGCUGAUCGCCCGCUCAAGAAGAGACGCCCCAGGCGCCAGAAGCAAAAGAAGCCUCGGAGGAAACCGGAGAGAAAGGAAACAGGAGUCAAAGAGACAGAGAUCCGUCCAGAUUGCCCUCUGGACAGAGAAGAACUGGGCAGAAGUUCCUGGUCUUUCCUUCACACCAUGGCAGCGUAUUACCCUGACCGGCCGAGUAAAAUUCAGCAGCAGGAGAUGACCCAGUUCAUCCACUUAUUUUCCAAAGUUUUCCCUUGUGAUGAAUGUGCAGCAGAUCUGAGAGACAGAAUACGGCGAAACCCGGCCGACGCCAGCAGCAGACGAAAGCUGACCCAAUGGUUUUGCCGGCUGCACAACGAAGUGAAUAAGAAGCUUGGCAAAGCAGAGUUCGACUGUUCCCGCGUCGAUGAGCGCUGGCGAGAUGGCUGGAAGGACGGCUCCUGUGAUUAGAGUUCUUGGCGGAAGCAAAAACGAUUCUAACUUGAUUAAAAGAGAGGGGGGAAAAAUACGAACACAAGAUCAAGCCUGGUGCGGACCUUUGCCAGGAAAUAGAAGGGUUUUAUUUCCUCAAUAUUUGCAUUGACGCUGAAGUUGUGGGGCCCUGGCACAUAUUUUCUAUAUUUCUGAAAAAUACGGUAACAAAAACACUCCUGCCGUUAUCUUUCCAGGAGACAUCUCCACCUGCCGGUUUAUCUCUUAACAUUCUGAGUCUCAUUUCCCAGUAGAUAUUUCUUUAAAAAUCCAGGUAGGGGUGGAACGGAGAAUCAUUUCUCUGGGUACUGAAUUAGUCUAAAAUGAAGCCUUGGGUCUCCUGUCACCUGUGACUUCCCAGUUGCCCUGGACUGUUUGCGUUUGUAGUUUUGCUUCCUUUCUCUUUUUCCUCCUCCUGCUUUUUCCUCUCCCUUCAGCCCUCCUCCUCUGGAAUCCUUUCUCUCCAGUUUCUGUUUUAAAGAGCACACUCGUGCUGGAACCACUCAGGAAUUGCUCCUUGUACUUUUCUUCAGCGUUUUGCCCCCUCCAGAUACUUGCAAAUGUUAGGUGGGGGAUAUUUCAAAACGCCAAAACCUGGCACAGCGGCAGCUGCCUGUUAAUAUUCUUGUCCGUAGCAUUCCCAACACCAAGAAGGUAAAAUAGUUGGCAUAAACAUUCAGAUCUUUAAAGCUAAUUCUGUCUCUGGCCAGACCAUGCAGAAGCGAAGAGUCUCCGUCCCCCAACCGGGAAGAGCCACUGGGUUUCCUUUGCAAGAGAGUUUUGGUUUGGUUUGUUAGCAAAUCACACGAUCCGCGUGAGAGUGUCUAAGAGGAAACAGCUGUGUUUUGAGUGUGUCAGGCUGAAAAUGGGCCAUCUGAUGGGCCUCGCUGUGGCUAGACGCAGCAGGCCAUCAACAUGCUCACACUAAAGUAGCGGAUGGAGGAGCCGGGUACAUGAAGAAGCCAUGCUCUGCGGUUUGCUCUUUGUUUCUGGGGCAAUAUUUUUACUGAAAUCUCUGAGCUUUGGAUUGUAAUGGACUGGGAUCAUUGCAGUUUCAGCUUUGGUCACAGGUAGAAUUUGGAUUAUGAGAAUUCCUUCAGAGGUAAUUAUGAAUUAAACUAAGAUGUAAACAUAAUUUGUUUGUACACACACACUGCAACAAACUUUGAUGUCCUUCCUUUUCUUUCAUCUGUGAAGAGAGGAUCUUUGAAGCUUUACAUUUGUAACAAAGUGCACUAGGCUCUUUGGUCGGUUGGAAAGCUUGUCCUUCAGAUAAGCCCCAGUUAAUACACCAGUCAACUGACAGUUCACUCUCAGAUUAUAAUGUGAUAUUCCAUGUGUGUUAACUGUCACUGUAGAAACUGGUGGUAACUAAGCUGACAGACCAAAAACUUUAGGGGAUACCUUUUGCCAUACUCUGACCCAGAGCUGGCACAAGAACCUUAUAACACUCCCAAGCAUGAAGGGAACUGGUGGUAACUAAGCUGACAGCCUUUUCCCCCUUUGUCUCCUGCGGGUCAAAUUAAAAUCCUCGUUAAGCAGGCCCUUAAGAAGGUCUAAGCGGAGGGAACAGAGCGUGGGGCUUACUGGCUGAAGCCAUUGAGGAGUGAAUUUGCAUCCUUCUUUAUUACCGCAAGCCCGAUGGGUUUUCGACGAAUGAAAAAUGAUCUUGAAAUUUAAAAAAAGGCAAGCUGCUGUUUGUGAUUCCUUCGUAAGCAUUUCAUAAUGAAGACUAGGACUCUCUUGAAUGCAGGCAGGGAAGGCGAUUGUGAAGUGUAUCGCAAGACUGAUGUGUUUCCUUUCUGAUGGCUAAUCAAUCAAAAAUAAACAUUUCAGAUCCUC